AUGGCAAAACCCUUACUCAACGGGAUCCGCGUUACGAACCAGGUUGCUGUCCCCUACCAGACCUUCAAAGAUGCAGGAUUCGAUGUAAACUUUGCAACCGAAACGGGCUCAACGCCCCGCUGCGAUGUCCGCAUGCUCGAGGGUCUCUCCCAGAAGCUUCUUGGCGCCGCGGCCUCCACGAUAAAUCUCUACGAUACGAUGGUCAAAUCUGCCGAAAUGCAGAAGCCCCUGUCCUGGACUUCACUGGGCUUCACGCUCGAUGACUUCGACAUUGUGCACAUUCCUGGCGGUCACGACAAGGAAGUCAGGCAGCUCAUGGACUCGACCGCCGCCCAGAAGCUGCUUGCCGAUUACUUCCCCCAGACCAAGAAGCCGGGCAAAAAGAUUGUCUCGGCUAUCUGCCACGGUCCGCUGGUGCUUUGCAACACCAAAGGUCAGGACGGCAACAGUGUUCUGUAUCACUGCACGACGACGGCCCUCCCCGGAUGCUUCGAGUCGCUGGCGUAUCAUGGAACCAGGCUAUUUCUGGGCGACUAUUACAAGACGUACGGUGCGGGCACGGAGAAUGUCGAGGAUUCGAUGCGCAAAGCGGUGAAAGAUCCCAGUCAGUUCAAGAGCAGCUGGAUGCCCAACCGACCGUUCGUGUCCCUCCCCCCUCCCCCCUCCCACCUUCUGCAGAUGCAACAACGAUUGCUAAACAUCCAGUACAGCUUCGUCGUGGAAGACACUGAGUACAACUACACCAGCGCGCGCUUCCCGCCCGAUGCGGCAAAACUAGCCGAAGUGACUGUCAACCUUGCUCAUCUCGUCCACGUUCAGGGCUUCAAGGGUCAAGACCCGACUACGGCAUCACAUGCCGAGCAGGCACUAAACUUUUAA